UGACUUAAAAUAAUAGUAUUUAAAUUUAUAUUAAAAUCGUAAUAUAAUAAAGUAUAUGUAAAAUAUUAAAUUUUAAAAAUGCUUAUAUUAUGUUUUAGAACAUUCAAACGAUUGUGAAAAAGACAACUUACAAAAUACAAUCCCAUUUCUAAACAUUAAGUUUGAUAAUAGAUAAAUACAAAAUUAAAUUUAAUAUUAAACCUAAUAAUUAACAUCGUUGGUUCUGCUUAACGCAAAUUUGUUUCACAUAAAAUAGAAGAAACCAAUAAUACAUUGACUUUGUCAUAUCCCUCUUAACCACUAUAGGUUUACUGGAACCUACUUUUAUGGUUUAUUAUAAUGACAUCAAACAUUACUAACCCUUGUCAAUUGCCGUAAUCGAAAAAAAAAGUUAUGUAAGCAAUUUAUUAUUAUUAAUAAUAUUAUAUAUAAAUGUGUGUUAACCUAAAUGAUAUUGUACAAAAAGCCAAAAAUAAUUUAAACUAGUUCAGGGUAUCAUUACAAUUUGAUCUAUUUUGUUGAAGUUAGACACAAUUCCUCGUUCAAAUAAUAUAACUUUAGGUCAUGUUAUUAUAUUUGUUAUGAUUUAUAAUUAUGUUUUUUUGGUAUGUGUCAAGUAGACCAUGGUGUAAUUUGGUUCAUUUUUAUAAUUUUUAUUAUUAUGAAUUGACAAUUAUUGAAUUACUAAUUUAAUGUUGUCAAAUGUAUUAUAAUAAAGUACUUUCAUUUCAGUUAUUAAAUAGCCAAAUGGUUCUUUUUAAAUCAAUACAAUUCACUCAUGCAUGGAGCUUUAUGAUGCAAAUUGUCAAAAAAAAAUCUUAAUAAGAAAAAGUUGUACAUACCAAAAUGGAUUUUCAGUAGUUUCAAUUUUUUGUUUUUGGUUUAAAUAUUAAUGUGUUCGGUUAAUUCACUCCACGAUAUUUUAAGAGACCGUGAUUCACUCUAAUAUCAAAACUAACAACACAAAUUUGCCAUGUUGACCAUGUCUUACACAUGAUAAAUCUCAAAAUAUAUUAAAAUUACAUUUUAAUACAAAAAUGAAUUGGAAUGAUCCCUGUACUAUUGUAUAAUAGGUAAGAUUUUCAGAAUGUAUUCAGCUCAUAAGGAUAUCUAAAACCUAUUAUAAACGAAUACAAUACCAAACUGAAGUGAUUUUACUGGAAUUAUAAAAUCCACCUAUGCAAGAUUCCAGGACAUUUGCAGUUGGCCCUUAUCGUACCAGUUGUGGUCAAUAUAUUUCUAUCUAUAUCUGAAUAUCAAAUUUAAGGCACUAUAUGAUGUAUUAUAAUAUAUAAACUAUAAUGUAUAUGCUAUCAUAUAUAUUAAGAUACAUUUUAACUUCACUUCACACUUUUCCAAACUUAGGACUGGCAGUAUUUUUUACUGACUAGUUUAAAAGCUCAAUAUUAUUAUAUUAAAUGAUUCAUAUAAUUAUAAUAUAUUUGUCAAUCAGUUCAACUAGUAAUUUGUUGAAUAAACAAUAAUAUGUAACAAUUAUUUUAUGGAUUGUUCAAUUGACAACUUAUUCUAUUUUUUGAGAAUUCGCUAUGAUGUUCAAGCAUUUUUUUAAACCUUUGUCUAAUUCAUACGCUAGGUACUAAUGUUUUUUUAAUUCUUUGUUGGUUUUGUCCAAAUGUAUAUACAUUUUUUUCUUCUUUUGCCUUCCAUACUUAAAUAAUUGCAUGAGUUUAAAAUAUCUUCAGCUGUUUCAUGCCUCAACAACCUAGUGGCUACAUGAAAUAAUAAAAAGAACCAUACAAAAUACUGUCAUAUAAAACUGUUGACUAAAUAUCAUCUAUUUAGUAUUUUAUUGUAUAAUUUAAUAUAUAUAACACUUCAAAUUUGAUUCACAGGUAGAUAGAAAUAAAUUGAUUGCAAAUGACUCAAAAAAGAUGCCAACUACAUUGGUGCCACCAUCAUAAACAAAUAAUAAUGUUUGAAACAUUUAUUGAUUUCUUGCUGAUACAAGCUAUAAACUAAAUGAUUAUUUCAUUUUGAACCUUUAAACAGUUUAAAGGUUUAAGCCUUCAAGGUAAUACGUCAUUCAUAUUACGACAGGGCGACUUUCGUCUUUUGGACUGUUCCAUAGUUGACCAACGAAAAAAUGGCAACACCACAAACCGUGGUAAAUCACUACCCAGAAACCGGGGUUCGGUCGCCACAGGACGUGUCGUGUACCACUAUAUAGUACCGUCAGACAAAUACCGAUGCCACCGGUGGCACAGAAUGAAAACGGUGGUGGUUGGGACAGUGGGCGGUGCACAAUGACCUUGGUCGAAUCAUUCCGGGUCGUACUGACUACCGAGUGACUUGGUGUGCACACACAUUCCUCUUCUACACUGUUGCUGCCGCCGCCGCCGUUAGUAUCACAAGGUAUUAAACAUUAGUGAAUUCCACUCGGUGACAGGUUAUUACUGCCGUCAUCGUCAUUUGUAUUCGUACGUUAGGACCACAUAUAUUUCAGUCGUCGCCAUUAUGCAUCGGUGGAUGGGUUUGACAAUGAGUAAGAUGUGCGGUGAACUCGAGUGCCCCGAGUACUACCUGUGCGAGAUCCAUGAUUUCCAAUGCUAUCCGUGUCAUUCGUACUGCAACAAGACAUCGCAAAACUUCGACGCCAAUAGAUGCGAACAACAGUGCCAAGAUUAUAUACAUGACUACAUAAAGCAUUACGUUAAAGCUGAUGAAAUCCAAGAUACAAUUCAAGGGGAAGAGACGCUAAGAUCAAUGAUGAUUUCUAUUUUGGUGCUGCAUAUAGUCGUUUUGCUCGUCAUAAUAACUAUCCUGAUAGCGCUGAAAUGGCACCGCAAGAGGUUGAUGAAGAACACUGAUAUCAGAGGAAAAGUUUCAUAUUCAAGAAACAAAAUGGCUGUUUUGAAACUCGAGGAUAACGCGGUGAGCACGGUGAGCGAAACAGUAGAUCAGCCGGCGACGAUAAUAGAACUCGAGACAGCCUCGUCAUCGAACAAGUUGCCUUGCGAGGAUAUCACACUUGAGACCCAGAAUUUCAACGGCUAUGACAACCUAGGAAUGUGGAAGGUGUGAAGUGCCCCCGUGCUCUGUAGAAAACUGUAGCGAUUUUAUUUAUAAAUAUAUAAUUAAUAUUAUAGUUAUUUAAG